GAAGGCGUGGUCUCGCGAACGCGGGAACAAACGGACGCUUCCACUUUGUUACGGCGGGACAGCCUUGUGUUUAUCAAAGUAAAAAGUUUUGAGUUUGAUCCCGCUGCGCACUGACUGCCUCCGGCGUAAACGAAAAGUUUGAGUAAGAACUCCGCCCGUCAGCUGGCGACCUCUGGGGGUGAUGGAGGCUUUUCAUAAAGUUGAGAAGAUCGGUGAGGGGACUUACGGAGUGGUGUACAAGGCCAAAAACAAAGUGACGGGCGAGACGGUGGCGCUGAAGAAGAUUCGUUUGGACGCGGAGACAGAGGGAGUUCCAAGUACCGCUAUCAGAGAAAUCUCGCUACUGAAGGAACUGAAUCACCCCAAUAUUGUCAGGCUGCAUGAUGUCAUUCACACAGAGAAUAAACUUUACCUUGUCUUCGAGUUCCUCCAUCAGGACUUGAAGAAAUUCAUGGAUUCAUCUAACGUCAGAGGUAUCCCUCUGCCUCUCAUCAAGAGUUACCUAUGGCAGCUGUUGCAGGGGCUUGCCUUUUGCCACUCUCAUCGUGUCUUGCAUCGUGAUCUCAAACCACAAAAUUUACUUAUCAAUGCUGAAGGUGCCAUCAAGCUGGCGGAUUUUGGCUUGGCCAGGGCAUUUGGGGUUCCUGUUCGCACCUACACCCAUGAGGUGGUGACACUAUGGUACCGACCCCCUGAGAUUCUGUUGGGUUGUAAAUACUACUCCACAGCCGUCGAUAUCUGGAGUCUGGGAUGCAUCUUUGCUGAAAUGGUCACACGUAGGGCAUUGUUUCCAGGUGACUCAGAAAUCGACCAACUCUUUCGUAUCUUUCGGACCCUGGGUACACCAGAUGAGACAGUGUGGCCGGGUGUCACCUCCAUGCCAGACUACAAAUCCACAUUUCCCAAGUGGGCUCGACAGGACUUGAGUAAAGUGGCUCCACCACUUGAUGAAGAUGGUCAGGAUCUCCUUGCACAAAUGCUGCAGUAUGACCCCAACAAGAGGAUCUCCGCGAAAAAUGCACUACUGCACCGUUUUUUUCGAGAUGUUACCAUGCCUGUUCCAUACUUGCGUCCGUAAGGUGAAUGCUUGGAGAUGGACAUGUUGGCCAGCAUCAGAAUAAUCUCUUCACUGACUGAGAAGAGCUUCUAAGUCUCUCUGUUCAUAAAGCUAACUGGUCAGGUGUUUCCAAUGCUGGGGGACCAACAGAGCAAAAAGAUAUUGUGGCUUGUCUCAGCCCACUUUGGAUUCCUGGAGUGAAAGGGAAGUAUCGUAGUGCAUUCCAUUGCAGCCUGUCUGUUCUAUGGCUGUCAUGAAUCCCGACUGCUAGGAUUUGAUUUGAUUUGUAUGACUUGAUUAGAUUAAGAUUUUAAGCUUCAAAAGGGAGUGGGUAUGGGUUUGUGUUAUAUUGCACUCCCAUUAUAUAGAUAGAUCUCAAUGUUUGAGAACUCAUAUUCAUACUCUCUUUUUAAAAGUGGGUUAGGGUUUAAAAGGUGCGUUUUUGAUUUUGCAGAAUCGCAUACAUAUUGUGGGUGGGUGGAGUGGGCAGGUCUUUACUGUUUAUCUUUAGCAGUGACUCAAAAAUUAGAAAUGUGUUUCUUUGUUUUAAAGGAGCUGUUUGCAAUGGGUUAGACUGUGGCUUAUUAAGGCCACCUGUGCACCACCAGGAGAAAUAAAACUGUUCUUGUUUUGUCUU